AGGGUGCGAUGUUUUCACUGAAAUCACUGCUGGAUAAAGUGACUUCAGUGCAGUCAGAUCUAACAGAUAAACUAAGCAUCUCUCCGGGGUGGGAAAGAGAAACUCCUGACUUUCCUGAAGAUGUUGAUCUUUCUACUGGUACAGAGUUGCUGAACAAGUACCAGCAGCUAUGGGAACAGAUACACCACAUGUCCAUGUCUCAAGCAGAGGAGGGGCUGCUGCAGCUGCAUCUAUCACACGACUACACUCCUGGUUGGGCAGGCAGGAUGCUCUCAUGACUCAGCUGACUACUGGGAUCGCUGAGCUGCCACUGUUGACGGAAACUGUUGAGAAAUGCACUGCAAAGACAACACCUGUGAAGUAUGAGGUGAAGUGUGUAGACAUGUGGGAGUGUGAUGACCAGGUGGCUUGUGACGGCUACUAUCUCACUAACUCUGCUAAAUCUCACGGUACCGCUACUUUCAACAGAAACUUCGCUGAGUUCCCGCAAAUCGUGUUCACGGUACACGUGGUGGAGCUAGGAGAAGGAUUUAAAGUAGGGUUUGUUAACGAUGAUAAAAUAAUGGAUCUGUUAGUGGUUACGGGGGAAGGGAGCGUAUCUGGCUCUCAGCCUAUUUGUCAGAACGAUUCUAAAGUAACGGUGCAGCUAACAGAUAAGCAUGUUGCAGUGUAUAUAGAUGAUAUGACUGUCUCCAACUGUGAGAUGAAAUAUGACGAGACGGCGUACCCACAACUAACCCUACGACCAGGGGCUGCCCUUCUAUUCGAUAUGUCUCUCUCCUUAUCCAACAUUGCUACUUCAGUAACGGUUCUCAGAAAACAGGGCAUUACCUGCACUAACCCUGACCCUUACACUUACCAUCUAGAUGCAAUCUCUAAUACAAUGAACAAAGAGUCAAAUUCGUGCAGUGUCAUAUUCGACAGACUUAUUUCGGCUAAGCACCAUUUCUACCAGCUGAAGAUAGUAGAAUGUGGGGCUGACUCAGCAGUAGGGGUCGGUUUAGCAGACAGGUCUCAUGAACCCAGCAAGUUUCCCGGUUGGAAGAAAAAGUCUUGUGGUUAUCAUUCUGAUGAUGGUAUACUGUACAAGAAAGGACAUCACAAUAAAGUGAUGCCAACCUGUGCCGUGGGGGACGUAAUGGGUUGCGGUAUUCGGUUUCCUGAUCGUGACAUAGUUAACAUACCAAGAGGCAAUGGCGACGCUUCAAAAGGAGAAACGGUGACGGUUUACUUCACAAAAAACUCGUUAGAAGUCGGCGACGUUUCUAUGACGAUACCUGAAGGAGGACUCUUUCCUACAAUCGGACUCAGUGAGGGUGACCGAGUGACUGUAGACUUCGCUGCUGCCUCCGGAUAGAAGCGUCACGUGGUGUGACGUCACUUUCGAAUAUGGGAAAUAGAUUUUAUACCUAUUGGAUGUGUUUUAAUUUGUUUUAUCAUAUCUUAUAUUCAUUUAGAUGUAGUAGUCUGUGGACUGGGGUAGUCCUCUUUUAUUCCACAACUUAUAUUGAUGUUUUGGAUGGAGUUAUGAAGUAAAUGUUCAGCCCAAACAUUUCGUACUUUUAUUUCAAUUCACUGAAUAAAAGCCUUGUUUUUUCCAGCUGUCACUUUAUUCUACAUGUUUUGCUGACUAUUUUGUAACGUUUUUAUAUUUCAUCUUAUUUUUGUUCGAUUACAAUUUUAUAAUUCAUUUGUUUUCAUUAUGUUUAAAAUCAAGCAUGUCCGCCGCGAUAACGUAGCAUCGUACCAUUAUUAUGUUGAUUUACGGACCAGAAAGGAAUCGCAACAAAAUGAUACAGUAUUUUAUUUUAUUGAUAUUAAAUUUAAGUUAAAUUCGACUCAUCAAUUCUAAGCUACUUAAUUUUCAAAUUGGUGUUGAAAUUCUCGUUCUACUUGUUUUUAUCAUAGAUAAUUUACUAAUAAGUUC